AUUGGGCGGGCCGGCCCGCGGGGGCGGGGCUUCCCCCCGGAAGCGCGCGGUGCAGCAUGGGCGGGCCGUGCCGGUCGCGCGUGCGCGGUGCGGGCCUGCGCGGGGAAGAUGGUGCUGAUCAAGGAGUUCCGAGUGGUUUUACCUUGCUCAGUGCAAGAGUAUCAAGUUGGUCAACUCUAUUCUGUGGCAGAAGCUAGCAAAAAUGAAACAGGAGGUGGUGAAGGAAUUCAAGUCUUAAAAAAUGAGCCUUACGAAAAGGAUGGUGAAAAGGGACAAUAUACCCACAAAAUCUAUCACUUAAAGAGUAAAGUUCCUGGUUUUGUAAGGAUGAUUGCUCCAGAAGGCUCCCUGGUAUUCCAUGAGAAGGCUUGGAAUGCAUACCCUUACUGUAGAACAAUUGUGACAAAUGAAUACAUGAAAGAUGACUUCUUCAUAAAAAUUGAGACCUGGCAUAAACCGGAUUUGGGGACAUUGGAGAACGUGCACAAUUUAGAUCCAAACACAUGGAAGAGUGUUGAAGUUGUCCAUAUUGACAUUGCAGAUAGAACUCAAGUAGAACCAGGAGACUACAAAGCUGAUGAAGACCCUGCAUUAUUCCAGUCAGUUAAGACUAAGAGAGGACCUUUGGGGCCAAAUUGGAAGAAAGAGCUAGCAACUGAUGAAGAGUGUCCUAAAAUGUGUGCUUACAAGUUGGUGACUAUCAAAUUUAAAUGGUGGGGACUGCAGAACAAAGUUGAAAACUUUAUACAAAAGCAAGAAAAAAGGAUAUUUACCAACUUUCAUCGCCAGCUGUUCUGCUGGAUUGACAAGUGGAUUGAUCUGACUAUGGAAGACAUUAGGAGAAUGGAGGAUGAAACCCAAAAGGAGCUGGAAGCGAUGCGUAAGAAGGGUUCCGUUCGAGGCACAUUGGCUGCUGACGUCUAGAGGAGGUCUCUCUGUAGGUUCUGAGGCAAAUCAAGCUGUUUACGUAAUCAAGGCCAAGUCAGAGGAACAAGUGCUGCCAACGAUGAAUGAUGAUGGAUUUAACCAUCACAUGCAGUGUUGAUAUACAAAUGUGUGUGUGGAUGCAUGAUUAUUUGUAUAUAAUUAUAUAUACGCACAUGCAUACUGAAGGGGGUUGUUACAGUGUCUCCAGGGUACUAUACCUGUCCUCAGCAAAGAUGCAAAGGAAACUGCUUUCAUUAUGUAUACCUGAAGCAAAUAAAAAUCAACUGAGUAGUGUCAUUUAAAGGUUGAAUUAACUGCAGAAUUAUGUUAACUGGUAUGUUUCAUGAAUGUCAAUACUGGACCAAUUUAUUCCUUACUUUUUUUUUCCUGUCUUGAGUCACUCUGCUAUAACUUGCCCGUAUCUCAGUGUAAAGAAACAGAUUGAAAUAAGUUGAUUUCAAUUUUGUGUCUUCCCUAUGUCGUCAUUUUUGGAAUAGGAACAAUGAAUGUAUUUAUAGCUAUUUAUUUCUGGAUUGUCAUUAUCCUACAGUCAAAUCAGAAAGAAAUUUCUAUUAGCAGAAAUUGGAAGACUUUUAAUGUUGAAUGAGUUUGACUCAAACUUUACCCAUUCUCACUGAUUUAAAAAAAAAAUAAAAAUGUUUUAUUGGACUUUUGUACAUUCAAAUGCUAAUGUUUUUUCUUCAUUAAAAUUGGCAAGAUUAAGGAAAAAUGGCUGGUGAUUUAUAAAAUACUUGCAAUUUGGAAUUUUGCGGAAGCUGGCUUUCUAGACAAAGAAACUGACAAUAUUUUUAGUAUAUCUUAGGCCAUGCAGUGAAAAUGGAGGCAGAUAGACCUUGUCUAAAGUAAUACUGUUAAUAAAUAUUGCAGUUUUCCAGAGUUUCAACUUUGGAAGCUAUGCAAAUGGUCUUGAUUUCACACACAUUACACAAUGGAAUAUAAUGGUGAUUUUAGCUCUUUUCAUGUUGAAAAUACACUUAAAAAGAGAUGUAUGCUUUCAGAUAUUAUGAAAGUUUAAAUUGUAGCAUCUACCAUGUUUCUCUGAUAUUUGUUAGGAGUGGACACACAAAAGAAAAGAUGGUGUAAUUAAGGUGGUCUGUAGAUAACUCUCAAAUAGGAAAAUGUCUUCAGCAUUUUUAAGAAAAUAUUGAGAUAGAGCAUAUCAUAGGUAUAUAUUGUCAAAAUGCUUGCUAGAUCAGAAAAAUUAUUUUAGAAACACUAGUUAAGUUCUAAUACUGCCUGGUGUCCCCAGAAACCUCGGUAAGGCAAUCCUUGCUUAAGCAUCCAUCUUUAUAUAAUCUCACAUACAUCCAACUAUUCAGAACCUUUUUUUUCUUAGGCUGCUUACGAAAGGAGUCAUCUGAUUUCUGCAACCAUCAAUGAUAUUUGCCUGAACUUGAAGGGUAGCAGGGCCAGGUCUGCCAUAUGGCUGACCCUGCCAGUGCACGCGUCUGCUGUGAGGGCUGGGCACUGAAGUGCCUGCCAGCAAGUGGACAUUUGUGCAUUUCUUCUGUGCAAUUUCACCUUCCUGUCCUUCAUACUGCAAAGCUGAUGGUUUUUUUGUUUUUCCUUUUUGGAUUAGCGAUUAAAUGAUGCUUGUUUGCUGUACCAACAGGUCGGUUUUGCAAAUAUAUGUACAUACACACAUCAUUUAAAAAGGAGGGCUGUUGCAAACCUGGAAAACUAAGGUCUCAGUUCUCUUUCAAUGGUAGAAUACAAGUUCCACUGUCAUCAAAAUGAGUCAAAAAUGAGUCAUAAUGGAAACUGAGGGAAAGGGACCCUACAACUUUCAUAUCUUUGGACUUGUGAAAAUUUGAGAGAAUCUUGUAGUGAAUGUAAAAUGUUGAGUUUACUUUGGCAGACUUUGGUGUGACCUACAGCAAAACAGUCAAUGAAAUUUAAAUAAAUUUGGUGAUAAAA